AUGCGAUUUCACCUGCGAUUGCACGCAAGAACAUCUACAACACCUGAGGAGAUGCCAGCCAUUAAGGUCGGUUUUUUUAUGGGAAAAAAGCGGCAAACGAGCAGGAGGGUCAGGGUUGAAAAUCGCGCUGUUGUGGAACGCUGGUCAUCGAGCCCUGGCUGCGAGCGAGCGUGCCCCGCGCACGCCUACCGCCACGCCUGUGCCGUCGCCGUACAAACACGGAUAAAGUUGUGCAAACAACUGCUCACCGCCGCACCGCCGCCGCCCGUAACUGUUUACAAAGUGCGCGCCGUACUGCGUGGCCGUACCUACCGCCGACACUUAUUG